AAGUAGAGAGGAGAGGAGAGCAUCAACGUUUUCUUGGAAGGGAAGAUAGGCAAGGCAUCGCAUCGCAUAUUUAUUUUCUUAUUUUUUUAGUUUUUUGGUUUAAUAACUUAUUAUAAAAUAAAAAUAACAACUCGGCGAGGCAAUGGCAUAAUCAUCUUCAUCAUCACCACCCCCACUUAUAUAUGUUGCAUAUGAUAUAACAGAAGAAGACAGUCAAUAGACGAAACACGAAUAUCAAAACCCUAAAAACACACUCUACCUGCGAUCCCAUCCGAACCCAUGGAUGAAGAAUAUGACGUCAUCGUCUUAGGCACGGGUCUCAAGGAGUGCAUCCUCAGCGGUCUUCUCUCCGUUGACGGCCUCAAGGUCCUCCACAUGGAUAGGAAUGAUUACUACGGAGGCGAAUCUACCUCUCUUAAUCUUAUUCAGCUGUGGAAGAGGUUCAGGGGCAAUGAUAAGCCACCGGCCCAUUUGGGUUCUAGUAGGGAUUACAAUGUAGACAUGAUCCCAAAGUUUAUGAUGGCAAAUGGAACUCUAGUUCGUGUCCUGAUUCAUACAGAUGUCACCAAGUACUUGUACUUUAAAGCAGUUGAUGGGAGCUUUGUUUAUAAUAAAGGAAAGAUUCACAAAGUUCCAGCAACAGACAUGGAGGCUUUGAAAUCUCCCCUUAUGGGUAUAUUUGAGAAACGCCGUGCUCGCAAGUUCUUCAUAUAUGUUCAAGACUAUGAUGAAAAGGACCCCAAGACGCAUGAUGGAAUGGACUUAACAAGAGUGACAACUAGAGAACUGAUAGCGAAAUAUGGUCUUGACGACAAUACAGUGGACUUUAUUGGUCAUGCAUUGGCUCUUCAAAGGGAUGACCGUUACCUAAAUGAACCUGCACUGGAUACAGUGAAAAGAAUGAAGCUUUAUGCUGAGUCUCUUGCACGUUUUCAAGGCGGAUCACCUUAUAUAUAUCCUUUAUAUGGACUUGGAGAGCUUCCUCAGGCAUUUGCACGACUUAGUGCAGUUUAUGGAGGGACAUAUAUGUUGAAUAAGCCCGAGUGCAAGGUUGAGUUCAAUGAGGAGGGUAAAGUUGUUGGGGUCACAUCUGAAGGUGAAACUGCUAAAUGCAAAAAGGUUGUGUGUGAUCCAUCAUAUUUGCAAAACAAGGUUAGAAAGGUUGGUAAGGUUGCCAGGGCAAUUGCCAUCAUGAGCCAUCCAAUACCAAACACCAAUGAUUCUCACUCGGUCCAGGUUAUCUUGCCACAGAAGCAGUUGGGUCGCCAAUCUGACAUGUAUCUUUUUUGUUGUUCUUACUCUCACAAUGUUGCUCCAAAAGGAAAAUUUAUUGCAUUUGUGUCAACUGACGCGGAGACAGAUAAUCCUGAGUCUGAGCUGAAACCUGGAAUUGAUCUUCUUGGGCCUGUGGACGAGAUAUUUUUCGAUAUUUAUGAUAGAUAUGAACCAGUCAAUGAACCCACACUGGACAAUUGCUUUAUAUCAACAAGUUAUGAUGCUACAACACAUUUUGAGUCGACUGUGGUGGAUGUACUCAACAUGUACACCCUCAUUACUGGGAAGGUUCUUGACCUGAGUGUGGACUUAAGUGCUGCUAGUGCUGCAGAAGAAUGAAGAAAAAACACACACAGACACAAACACAAACACUCCUCACAUCUCAUCUAUUCCCUUCUCUUCUCCUCUCCUUGGGGGUGGGUUUAGGGCUGGAAUGAGCUUUUUCUUUACAUAAAAAUUCAAGAAUUAUUAUGGCAUCCUUUUGCAGAAGGAGUGGAACUGGAUUUUAAUUUAUUUAUUUUCUGUGUUUUAUUGUCAUGUUAUGAAAAUUUAAAAUGGUGAUGUAGAUUUCAGACAUCAAAAUUUGGCUAUAUAUUUGUGGCGACUCGUUAGUACUAUUCCA